AUGUACCAUACGCAAGCCUGUCUUGAUGCCCCCCUGUUGCCACAACUGCCUAGUGGAGAGUUCAUAGCACGCGUUGGACAUCUCGAACAACGCAUCCCAACGCUACUACCGAGGACCCGAUCUCUGAACAAUGAUGAAUCAAUCCCCAUUGGAAAUGUUCUACCAAACCCAAUGCCACCACCAACGAGGAUCAACUCAGCACAGGGAACAGAAACUACCGAAGCAGGUUGUCCAGAUGCAACUAGUCAGAUGAAGCCCGAUAAGCGCAGUAGCCUACAUUCCCGCGGUUCAGUUAUGAAGACCCCAUGCACCGGAUACAAAAAGAACAACCGCCCAUUUAAGGAUUGUGCGCGUUCCUUCACUAGGAAGAUAUUAAACUAUUCCACCUCCAUAAACGAGAAGCCUAAUACCGAUGCUCUUAAGGAGACUCAAAAUAUCCGCAAAGAAAUGUCAACCUAG